AUGGCCUCUCACAACAGUGAUCCCAUGCAUCUGUCUGAAAAGAAUGAUGUGACUGUGCAUAAUUCCUACGGAGCAGGACCUUCUUCCAUUGCCUCAACCGACAAUGGCUCACACUCAGACGAAGAGGACGACUCCAUCCACGGGCGGCCAUCGCAGGAGAUUCAACGACAGACAACGAGGAAAUCCAGGAUGAGUGAAAAGUCCAAUACGCGGGCGUCCGGGGACCUGAGGAGAACGGCCAGCAAUACUCUGAACAAUGUCCUGUCCCGCCUCUCGACCAGAAUCCGGGAUGAACCACCGCCACCUCCGGACGGUGGCCUCAGAGCCUGGACACAGGUCGCUUGCGGAUUCUUGGUGAUCUUUACGACCUGGGGUUAUGUGAACGCCUUUGGUGCUUUUCAGAAUUACUACACUGGAGUCUUGCCCGUGUCGGCAUCGGCCAUAUCGUGGAUCGGUUCCGUACAGAUCUUCCUGAGUCUGUCACUCGGCGUCCUCACUGGACGACUACUGGAUGCCGGCUUCUUCUAUCCGACCUUUAUUGUUGGAUCCACGAUUCAGAUUCUCGGCGUCUUCCUCAUGAGUAUAUCGACGAAAUACUGGCAACUCAUGCUGACCCAGGGCGUCCUCACCGGAUUGGGAAAUGGAAUCUUCUUCACGCCCACCUUGGCCAUGAUUACCACCUACUUUGACAAGAGACGAGGCAUAGCCGUGGGACUCGUAACAACCGGAAACUCUCUGGGAGGAGCCAUAUACCCAGUCAUUGCUCGACAACUUCUUCCUCAGGUGGGAUUUGGAUGGACGGCCAGAGUCCUAGGCUUCAUUAAUCUGGCAUGUCUACUUGUUGCUCUGGCGUUCUUGAAGCCUCGAUUGCCACCGCGGAAAUCAGGACCGCUGGUUGAUGUGACUGCCCUCAAGGAUCCCGUGUUUCUUGCUUUCACCUUUGCUAUCUUUUUCGCCAUGUGGGCAAACUAUUAUACCUUUUACUACAUUGGUUCUUACGGCAGAGAAACUUUGGGACUCUCCUACUCAUCGUCAACCAUCCUUACCAUUAUCAUCAACGCAGUCGGCAUACCGAUGCGACUUCUCGUGCCCCUGAUCGCCGACCGCAUUGGGCCAGUCAAUGUCCAGGUGCCCAUUCUCUUUAUAUGGACAAUCGUAGCCUUUACCUGGCUGGCCGUGCACGACAUUACCGGCUAUUACAUCUUUGCCUGCUUCUUUGGCGCCGCCUCGGGAGCGACGCAGUCGUUGAUUCCCACGAGUCUGGCGAGCCUCACGCCCAAGCUCAGCAUGGUCGGUGCACGAAUUGGUAUGGGCUUUGGCAUCGUAUCGGUCGCGUCACUAACGGGGCCGCCGCUGGGAGGAGCGCUGCAGAGUGCCGAUGGGGGAUCCUUUGUUGCACCCGAGAUCUGGGUAGCCUGCGUCAUGGCUGUUGCAUUCUGCCUGGUGAUUACCGCGCGCGUCAAGAAGGCUGGGUGGGUACUGAAAAUGAGGUGUUGA